AUGCGUAGAAUAACGGCCUAUCUACUUAGAUUCGUAAGUAACGAGAAAUCAAAUUCUUCGCUGCGAAGGAAAGGGUGUUUAACGACGGCGGAAUUGAUUAAUGCAGAACGAGUAUUGAUACAUCAAGUUCAAUCGCACACAUUUUCAGAAGAGCUGAAGGCGCUAUCAAGCGGUCGUCCCGUUUCAACUAACAGCAAACUAAAGUCCCUACAUCUAUUUCUGAGUCAGGGAUUAAUUCAAGUAGGCGGUAGACUUCAACAUGCUUCUAAACCCGAGUUUCAAAGGCACCCCAUUCUACUACCUGCAAGGUACAAGCUAACGGACGCUAUUCUCGAGCACACUCACCUUAAGUUACUUCACAUCAGACCAUUGGGUUUAUUAGCCAAUACACAUCUAAGAUAUUGGCCUCAAAACGGACGAAGAUCAGCCAGACGCAUUGUUCAUAAAUGUAUUACAUGCUUCAAAGCGAAGCCUACCUCUCGGCAACCCUUCAUGGGUGAUUUACCCGCAGCAUGGGUAAAUCAGAUGCGUCCAUUUGCCAGAUGUGGAGUGGACUUUGCUGGGCCUAUAUUCCUUCGUAAUGGUUCGCAUAAAGUUGUUUUGACCAAGACUUAUAUUGCAGUCUUUAUAUGUUUCUCCGUUAAAGCUAUUCGCUUGGAGUUGGUUAGCAGCCUAAGCGCUGACGCGUUUUUAGCAGCUUUAAGGAGAUUUAUGGCACGACGUGGUACCUGUUUCGACAUAUAUUCAGAUAAUGGGACUAAUUUCGUGGGAGCACAUAGAGAGCUAAGGGCAUUGUAUGGAAAGAGCUCUACUAGAAGAACUGUCCAACAAAUCCUGACUGACGAGGAGAUCACUUGGCACUUUAACCCACCCGGUGCCCCAAAUUUUGGCGGAUUAUGGGAGGCCGGAGUGAAGUCCGCAAAACAUCAUCUAGUGCGGUGUAUAAAAUCAGCACAUUUAUCUUUUGAGGAGCUGAACACUGUUGUUAAUCAAAUAGAGGCUUGCUUGAAUUCUAGGCAUCUAUAUCAAUAG